AUGAUUUACUACCAACCGCUCUCGGAAACAUAUUUUGAAAGCUGCAACGAAUUGCUGAAUACUUUUUACGCGAGCAAAGAUUUCUGUAACUGCAUCUCGUUUUCGAACUGCUUGGGGACUCAGGAAGAGUUUGCGAGAUUUUAUCGAUUGCAUCCGGAAAGUUUAGAGACUGUUAUAGUUGCCAUCGAAGUUUUAGGCGAAAACGGUGAAAGCGAUUUGGGCGGCGGCGUCGUUAUCGGAUGCGUAAAAGUAUCCGCGACGGAGUAUCCGCGAACGAGCUCGGACGAUUUUAUACACACACCAAAACCAGAAGAAGCGUACGUCUCGACGCUUUGCGUUUCCUCCCAGGCGCGAGGGAAAGGCGUCGGUGGUCGAUUACUCGAGCACGCGGAAGCACUCGCUCGAAAGUUGAAUAAAAAGAAACUGACCUUAGAGGUGCUGAACGCGAAUCCAGCCGAGAGACUUUACGCGCGGCGGAAAAAUGUUUGA